AGUUUGGCGUUUUAUUUUUGACAGUUUCUCAAGAUACAACAAAAGUUUAGCGUUUUUUCUAAAAAACGUUGAAAACAUUUAUUUAUUUACCAAAAUUAUAGACAUUAUUCGCGAAUGCUGAUAUAAAAGGCAUCCGUACAAUGAAUUCGACAAUAUCUGAAGAUUUAUCUAGGGAACAUUUGGCAUUGGAAGUAGCGAAGUGUACUCGUAGAAAACAUAUUCUCAAACAAUCGUAAUUUGGUUUCAUUGCACCAGGAGUUAUUGGAAAUAAACUUAUCUGUUGGUGCAUAUAUUGAGGAAAGCAAGCGUCGACUGGCAGGCCUAAGGCUGGACUUGGCUCACGCGGCAAAAGAUUCAUACAGUGUUGUGGACGUGCUCUCUGAGAAAUAAAUCACUAUGUCCUAUUCAUCACCAACUCAGCGCAAACACAACACUAGAUCAGCAUCUUUAAAUUUACAAGAAGACAAAAACAAAAGUAAUGACCGUUUACGGGCCAGAUCAUUUACAUCAUGGUACAAGAAUAUGGUAGAUCAUGAUCGGCAGAAUUUAACGUUAUACAUGUCAGAUGAUGUUAUCUUAGAAUGGUUUGGAAGAACAAUAAAAACUAGAAAAAAAGUUUGUUCAUUUUUAAAACAUGACAUGCAAUGCUCAAGACAUGAUUUUCUUACGGUUCAAAGUGUAGAUAAAAUACAGAAUCGUCAGGAAAGAUCUCCAAGUUUCAGAAAGGAGAAAGAUGCUGGCUGUAUGCAUAACUCUCCAGAACUAAGUAUUAAUAAGACAGAAAGAAAGCGACGAUUAUUAAGAUCAAAUUGUAGCAGUCCAGAGUGGGCUGAGGGUUGCCAGCCUCUCGAUGAAGUAAAAGACACUGCUAAUAAACGAUUAAAGGGAAACAAUGUUACUGCAGAAAAUGAAUGCAAAAAUGGAGAUGUUACUCAGAGAAAUGGAGUUAAGAGGGGAUAUGAGUCUGAAGAAAGCAUAGAUGUUAACAGUACAGGAGAUGGAGUUAUACGGAGGCGUGUGAAACGUAAAUUAGUGCCGGUCACUCCACCGAAUCGUGAGCUGGGUCAAGGAGACUGUCUUCCAUCAACAAGUGCAGAUUCAGAUAAGUCGCAUGACGCUCUGAAUGCUCAAUUGCCGAAGCUGUUUGUGGAAUGUAAUGGUUACAUUGAGUUCAGCCGAACAAAAAACAACCGUGAUGUUGAUUCAAUGAAGUGGGAAAGGAAAUGUAAAAUACAGAUCAGCUAUUCUGAAGACCCAUUGAAUGUUGGGGAGUAUAUUAUCUGGGCUGUGCACUACACCGAUGAAACCAAAUGCCGUAGGAAUCUCUUGCCAGCGUUCGAGGAGGUCGCAAAAGAAGAGGAAUUAAAAAACAAAGGUUAGCUAAAAUUACAGGGUUAUUAAACUCCAACACUCAAAUGAUAUUAUUGAUUUAUUUUAUUUUAGAACUUCAUACUUUAAAAUAUUCUUUUCUGACAAAAUAUUAAGGUCACAAAAUUAAAUUGCAUUUCCUUUUUUUCCCUAUUAUUGAAGUGUUUAAUGAUCCUGUAAUAAAAUAACAGAAUGUUUUUGUGUUUAAAUUGUUCAACAAUGUAAUGAUUUUUAUGGUUUACCAAAUUCUGAAAUUUAUGUUGAUAUGAAAUUCAAAUGCCUGGUUUUGGAAACACUCAGUUUAUUUUGUAUUUAUAUACAUAAAAAAACAAUAUGUCCGCAAUUUUACUAUUUGAUAGAUGAUGUGAUAUAAAGAUUGUAUUUUUCUAUAAUAUAGCAUUUAUUUUUAUACUGUUUUAAAAUGUGGAAGUAUGUUUAUACUACACUGUGACAAUGCUUUAGCCUUAUAUGAAUUAUUAAAACUGCAUAGUUAAAUAUUCUAAUAGCUGUAUGCUCUCAUACAUGUUAUCUGAUAUAAGUUGUGUAUAAAAAAUAUUCAAAUUCCAUUUGAUUCCUAUAUCUUGUGCCAUUCCAAUGUUGAUUUUCAACUUGUAUAAAUGGUUUUCAUUUCAUCCAAUUAUGUACAUAAAUAAUGGCUUGACGUUCGUUGCAGGCCAAGGAACAUCUUUUAGAUCACAUUUUAAGUACAUACUUUACUUGUAUUUAACAAAAAAUGCCACCAGGUGGCGCCACCUUUACCCGAAUAAAAAUUCUCGUUCUAUUGCAAUUAAUUAGAUACUUAAAAAGCGUGUUCGAAAGUUCGCAUUAGCUUUGUUAACUAAUUUUUUUAAGAUCUGUCAAUAAUAACAUCAAGUGAUUCUUAUUUCGCCAUCUGAAUAAGUAUUCACACUUCUCCGUAAUUUUUACAUUGCGAUUUCCUAUGAACCAUUCUAUUUCUAAUUUUCUAUGUACCACCGACUUAGUUUCUUACUCACUAGAUAUAAUUUUUAGAUUAGUCUGACUAAAAAGUCAUAGGUAUAGAAACCUAGGAUAGGAAUCCAAAUAAUGUUGAGAAACUUUGUAUUGUAUUGUAAUACGACAGUUACGAAGAUUGUUAUAAUUAUGUAGUUAUAUUCCCAUAUUAAACUACAAUGCCUUUCGACAUUGUUCAAUAGCUUUAUCUAAUGGUAGAUUUAAUUUGAAAAAUGUUAUUGUAAUCCUUGAGGGUAUGUUAUUUUCAUAAAUAGUUUACGAGAUAAUGUUCUAUAGUUAAGCCUCGCGUAGAGCACUAGUUUCGAUAAUGUAUUAUUUUAGUUAUUUUGGACUUUUCCCAUUUGCGUCAAAUAGUAGACACCCAAAGUAGUCUAAAAAUUCGCAACACGUCUACGUGUUGUAAUCUUUUUGCUACUUUGGGUGCCUCGAACUACUUGACGCUGAUCGUACAUACCGCCUUCCCUGGAGGCUUAAAAUGUCAAUGUGGUAAACAUACUAUACAACAUUGCAAUGUGGUAGCAGCCACUGUUUGUAUCUUUUCCUGCUUUGGGUGACCUCUAGCACGAAACACUUUCGACUUCGAAUCAUAUGUGUAUUUAAAUGGUAGCACGAAACUAAUAUUGGCAAUCGAGAUCGUCACGUUAUCGUUGAAAUUUUGUCGAAUACGCAAACGAUUUGCAGGGAAAGUUUUUCGUGCUAGAGGUACAGAUUCCAGCUACUGCGGCAAUUCUGUUACAUUUAAAAUAUACCGUUAUAACUUUAUACCUAAUGUAAAACAUAUUAUCUGCCAAAAUAUUAGCAAUACAGAGUGUUUAUUAUUGAAAUUGUUCAUGUAUUGUGAAUGAGAUUUGCAAGUAACAAAAUGUAUGUCUAUUUUUAAGUUUUAUGUUGUUGUAGUCAUUACUUGUGAAGUAAUGGGAAUGGAUAGAUUUUUGUUUGAUUAUGCUAGAAA